AUGGCGGCGUCCGCGUCCGUCCGCGGGCUGGGGCGGCGGGUGCUGGCUUGCAGCUGGGAGCUGCCUUGCGCCUGGCGCGCCCUGCACACCUCCGCAGUUUGCGCCAAGAACCGGGCGGUGCGAGUCCGUGUGGCCAAGGGGGACAAGCCGGUGAGCUACGAGGAGGCGCACGCCCCGCACCACAUUGCGCACCGAAAGGGCUGGCUGUCGCUGCACACAGGUAACCUGGAUGGAGAAGAUCAUGCUGCAGAGAGAACACUGGAAGAUGUUUUCCUUCGAAAAUUCAUGCUGGGCACCUUUCCAGGCUGCUUGGCUGACCAGAUCGUUCUGAAGCGCCGGGCCAACCAAGUGGACAUCUGUGCCCUUGUCUUGAGGCAGCUGCCAGCACACAAAUUCUACUUUCUUGUGGGCUACAGUGAGACUCUGUUGUCACACUUUUACAAGUGUCCUGUACGACUCCACCUUCAGACUGUGCCCGCCAAGGUUGUGUACAAGUACAUAUAA